GCACGUGAACCAAAUAUGUCAUUAUCUACAUAACCUUGAGAUAUGUUUUGAUUGAAAAAUUCUUGUUAUUAUUUCCAUUCACGAUGGAAUCGCUACAAUGUGAUAUAACAUAAUAACAUAACUACCUGUAUAGACCUAUUCAGGUUGAAGUGCAAUAUUUUAGUGUAUAUAAGUAUAAAUUCUCUGAUUCUCAACUAAAAACUCACCAGUGAAAAAUACUCAUUAAUUUAUAUUUAUGCCAAGAUAUUCAAAUUAAACUAAUUUAUGUAAAAAUGAGUAAUGGAUGAAAACAACAAACUAAUGACUUCAAAACCAGAGGCAAAUAACAGGACGACGCUUCUGUCAACACAAACAGAUGUGAAUAUGCCAGAAAAGUGUUCAAGUUCCUUGGAUAUCAUUGAAAGAGCCACAAAUCAUGGAUUACAAGAGCAUCAAAGAAUAAUUAGACUAAUUUCUAUCUAUAUUAUUAUCACAGUAAUUGGUUUAGCAUGUAUUGCUAUGAUAAUUGCAUUCAUUUUGCUUCCUAUCAUCUUUGCUCACUGGGUAUAUAUUCAAAGACUUGCAAUGUUUACAAAUGUUGGUUUGCCCUCCGAUCGCAAUUAUUACAAGAAGUUGGACGAGCACCCGACGGUGCUCUUUCGCAACUUUUAUAUCGACUUCACAGACCGCUCCAACCUGUCAAUAUCUUUAGGAGUAUGGCACUUUGUAGCAUUCCCAUCUUAUCCCAAUGAAACAGUAUUUCCGUCACAAUUCGAUUACGACCAAUCGUUAAAAAAUAACACGGCGGAUGUAGUCAUUUAUUUCCACGGUAGUGGGGAAAGUCGCAAAGAUCCGUUGAUGAUGUACAACGUUCUGUUGCGAUUUUUUCAUGUCGUUGCGUUCGAUUAUAGAGAUUACGCCGAUUCGACACCGGCGAUUUUAAGCGAAAAAGAUGUUGCUGAAGACGCUAUUCACGUUUUCGAAUGGGUACGGAGCUUGACUAGUAAGAGGAUCUACGUUUGGGGACAUUCUUUAGGUACACCAUUAAGUACACUCACCAUUAAUGGAUUACCAGAGAAAUUGCUACCGCAUGGUUUAAUUUUGGAAGCACCGAUGACCAGCAUGGAUGAAGAAAUAUCUGAACAUCCUUAUGGAAGAGUCUUUGCUUGGUUGCCUUGGUUUGACCAAACUAUUAGACAUCCAUUGAAAAUGAACGGAUUCCUCUUCGCUACUGACGAGUAUAUUUUGAACGUAACUUGUCCAAUUAUGAUCCUGCAUGCUGAAGAUGACAGUAUUAUACCAUAUACACUAGGAAAGAAGUUGGCCAAGAUCGCAAGGGAAUACCGACCCAAAGAUGUUGGAAAUGUAACUUAUGUGCAAUUUGAUGCCAAAUACAAGUUUGACCAUUUCAGAAUAUGGCAAAGUAAAAGAUUAUUGACAUUCAUUCCUAACUUUACCUUGAUCUGUGAUGAAUACUACAAUAAAACACACGUAAUUCCUCGUGGAAGCACCACAAUCAAAGUUUAAACUCAACUCAGACCUGCCACAUUUCUCAAACCAAACCAAGUGAAAUUAUUGAAAGAUCUAUGCACAUAUUUAAUACAAUUGUUGCGUUUAGUUUAAAAUAAGAUCUCUAUUGUUGUUAUAAUCAUAAAUAUAUUAUGUAUUUUAAAAUUAAUUGUAGAAAAAUGUGAGAAAUAUAUAUAUAUACCUGUUA